CUGGGAGCCUGGCUCGAACGAUUCAACGCUGGCAACGAAUUUCCAGCAUAUCUUCACCUUCUAUCGGUCGACUAGGAUUGCGCCAGUUCGGUGGCCAAGACUAUGUAAGGAAUUAAUUACGAGCCGGUCUUGCUUUCGAUUCCCGAUUAUUUCGAUGAAUCGCUCGUUUCCUCACCCAUUCGCCGCAAUCCUAUUACGCAAGUCGGCGGCAAUGAAACGUGUAGUUGCGCGGAUAACUGACGGAUACGAGGGUGUAAUCUUUUCGUUUCCUCGAACAUCGGUUUUCGAAAUUCUUUGCCAAUGUCGUGUAUAAAACGUGUAUACUCGCGCGGAGAUCCUCUAGUGGAAUCUUUUGAAUAUUUCUUUUGCUGGACAUCAGAGGCAUUCGUUAUGAAGUACUGUCUGUUGUUGUGUCUUGCGACGAUUGUCGUUUGCCAAGCAAAGAGGAUACCAAGAAUACCCCAACAUCCAUAUUUUCCCAAUUCGUUUCCCAAUUUCCAACACGUUUAUCAGCCGCGCAAUUAUCCGAACGAACUAGGGGAUCAGCACAUCGGGGCGCCUUUCUUUGGGAAUUAUAGAAGGCAAGAAGAGAAUGCGGGCAGAGGGAACACAGGGAGAGAAGAAGGUGUGCGGCAGGAUUAUUACGAUCAUCGAAUUCCGAUCGACGGUCAACCGAAUUUCGUUCACCCUUUCGCAGGAGUCCCGUUCGACGAUAUCCCUGUGAACGAUGCGGACUUCAGAGGCCGAGACCUCAACUCGCCCCAUCAAUACGAACGAUUCGAUCAUGCGCUCAAUUAUAAUCACCAAUUGUAAUAAAAUUCUCGUUAUCUUUAAGUUGGAUUAAACGAAUAUAGAAAUUGAAUGGCAACCGA